UUUUUUUAAGAUCUGGUCACACCGCCGUUCACACGUGCAAGUUGAAUUCCAAAAGAAAACAUUUAAUUUUCCGGUAAAACAUGAAGAUAAAGCAGGUGGAAAGUGCAUCCGAGGAGGAGGAAGUACAGUCCGAAGACUCCGAGGCUUCCGGCGAGGAGGAGCUGCAGGCAGAGGACUCCGACGAGGAGCAGCUGCAGGCGGAGGACUCCGAGGACGAAGAUUCCGAUGGAUCCGAACUGGAUCUGGACGCCAGUGACACCGAAUCCGAUGAAGAUGAUGGUGAUGAGGAAGAUACAAUCAAACCACAGCCCAAAAGCCGUGCCGAGAUUAUCGACGAGAACAUCCACACCAAGUACGAGCAGUUAAAGGGCACCCGGCUGUAUGUCCGGUUUCCACAAAAACUUCCCCUGGACGUGGAGGAAUUCAAUGCCAAGGUGAAGGCUCUGCAUCCACUGGUUCUGAAGUCCACAAAGCCGCGUCAGAAGCAUGCACGUUUCUGCCUCGUCAAUUUCAAGUCGAAGGAAGAUCGCGACCAGGCCUUUAAGGAUAUCAAGGCUUCGAUCAAAACGGAUGAGAAGCACAAGGGUUUAUUCGUAUCCCUGCCUAAAACGGAUUCCGAUGAUUUUGUCAACGAGCUGGUGACCCGCAAGCAGACAUCCAUCGCGAACAAACGCACCAAGGCCCUGAUGAAGCGUGCUACUAAGAAGGUCCUCACCAAGGGUACCUUUACCUCGUCCGUGGUCAUUACAAAUCUGCCAAAAACCAGUUCGUUGGCCCAGGUGCGCCAGCUGUUCAACGACCAGGCAGUGGACAUUCAAAUACGACCGGGCAAGGGUAAAUUCCGAGACUACAGCACGGCGACUGUAACCCUUCCAACGACCCACGAUGCACGCAAGGCCAUCAAGAAGCAGCUCAGCCUGGCGGGCACGCCACUGGUGUUGCGCUUCAACACUCAGAAGAAGCGGAGCUCCAAGAAUAAGCUCAAGCAGAAGGCCGAGAAAGGGAAAUCUCCAGAGAAGAAAACACUGAGUCAGAAGCAAAACGCUAAGAACUCCAAGGCGGAAAAAGGGGAAGCAGCUAAAAUUAAGAAACCAGAAGUAAAUACUAAGCAACAGCCGAAGGAAAACCUGAAGAGAAAGUCGCCCAAGGAGAAAACACCUAAUAUUAAGACACCCAAGAAGUUAAAGAAACUAACCGCAGAAUAGAGUGUAGUUAAUGUUUGCUAAUGUAAAUAAAAUUCCCCCUUUUGAUUGACCAUUAAUUAGGUGUAAAAAACAAA